GUGGGCACAGGUGGGUGGCACUGGUGGGCACAAGUGGUGGCACUGGUGGGCACAGGUGGGUGGCACUGCUGGGCACAUGUAGGUGGCACUUCUGGGCACAGGGUAGGUGGCACUGCUGAGUGGCACAGGUGGGUGCACUGCUGGGGCACACAGUGGGGGCACUGCUGGGCACAGUGGGCGCAACUUGCGGGUGUCACUGCUGGGCACCGAUCAUCAGGGCACUGAUCAUCAGUGCCCUGAUGAUCGGUGCCGAUCCCCGCUCUGACAACUGCCGGUUCUCGGCAGUACUUUCCUCACGAUCUGACAGCGUGAGGAAAGUGCAGCCGAGAACCGGCACUUGCCU